AAUGUGUAGUUAUGAUUGCUGUAUCAAAGUGCUAGUAGCUGGUCUGAAAUUGGUGAAAAUUACAGGAUAAACAUUGAUGAAAACAAGCCUAAAAGCCAUCCCCAGUAAUAAUCAUAUAAAAUUCCAAAUACUACUCUGAUUUGUGGUAAAAGCUGUAGCAGUGGUCAAGGUGGUGUCAAAAGAAGUAGUGGAGGUGGUGAUGGCUGCAAAAACUACACUCAAAGUACAAAUGCAACGUUGCUUCAUUUAAUCAUUUUUAAGUAACUUUAAAUACACGUACAAAUGAUUUUACCACCGUAAACAGAGACUACUGAUUACGAGGCACACGCACACACAUCAGCAAGUAGUUGUUUAUGUGCGGCAGGAAAGAAAGUCCAAUAUUUCUGCUUCAUCAGUCAGAGACAGAAAACCCAUGUUCGGAAUGAGGAUGGAAUAAAACUUUUAGCAUAAACAGCAGAAACUGGGAGUUGAUUAAAUAAAUUCUCAGUUUUUCACAGUUCCAGUUCUGCAGUGUGCCAUUUUUCAGACACCUUGGUUUCCUACUAAUAUCCCAAAACAUCCAUAUCGGAGAAUUCUUUUCAUUUUGUGUUUUCUAAUCCUGGGACAGAAACCGACUGAGGGGUACAUCAUGUUUUUCAACUUUGGAAACUGCAUUGCAUAAUUUGUCUUGAAGCAUCUGCCAAUUUCCAAAACAAACAGGUAACAGUGUGUGUCAGCAGGGUUGGAUACUGAUAUGCCUGCGCCACUGUGUCAUUAAAUUCCACAUUUUUCGUAUGUGUCAGUCAUACCCAGGAUGUAAAGAGCAGCUGGGCGGUAUUUCACCGUUGGGUCUCCGUCCGUAUGACAUGACCAUCACGGUGUCGGGAUCCUUUUAGAGGCCAAUCCCAGCACAUGAGAAUAUGGACUAAAGUGCAUCACGGGACCAACAUAAAAAAAGCCUCUGUUAUACACAGAUCACGGUGUACCUGCCGCCACAAUGCCACCCACAUUCUCCCAACUUUCCCAUACAGAACAAGGUCGGCAAAAUGUGUGGGUUUACAUAGAAGUCCGCUUUCGCAGAAUAAGAGUAACGUAACGGUGACAUGCAGUGUGACAGUGUUGCAUAACAACGAUGACAGGUGAGCGUUUUUUUUCCCUGUUGACAUCACGCAAACAUAGGUUAGCAAAUGUGAUUAGUUCGUCUCUGAUUUAAUACAUUUGACAUAGAUGAUAAAUAUUUUGCCAGUGUCUCUGCAGCUUUGAUAUAAGGCUCACUCUCAGUCUUCAAAUAUAUUAAAUUCUUUAGGAAAAUCCUAUAAUCCUUCAAUGUGUUGACCACUAAUAAAGCAAAAGCCAAGAUGCAAAUUCAAUAAUGACCUAAAGGUGACAUCGCUGCUGCAUGGAGGGAAAUAGAAAGGACGUGACCUGUGUGUUGGAUGUGACAACGCUGAGUACAAGCGUCCAAGCCACCGGCACAAAUGUAGAAAUGCAAUUUAAAAAAAGGAAUGACUAAUAAAUAGAGAGAGAGAGAGAGAAAGAUAGAGGGCGAUAGAGAGAAAGAUAGAGGGCGUGAACUAUGUGAGGUUUAGGGGAGGAGGUGUAGAUGAUGUAGAGAUGUAGACAUUGAGCUGAGCAAAGAAUCCGAGGAGGAGGAGGGAGAGAGAGGGAGAGGGAGAGAGAGAGUGGAAUAGGAAUGGAAGAGGUGCAGGAGGAGAGAGAGGCUGAAUUAUAGAGAGCCACAGAGAGUCUUCAUGUGCGCUAGAGGAGAAUACACGAGGAGGAGGAGAGUACGGCUUCACCUUCGUCUCCAGAGGAGGAUUUCCAGCCGACACUUAUAAUAAUAAUAAUAAUAACAACAACAACAAACUAUAGCAGUGACGCUGAUAGAGAUUCUUCUGCUUUCAUCAUUUUUUUUGAAGUGCACUUCACGAGCGAGAGGAUGUGGAGCAGAACACAGUCUCCUGAGCAGCUCUGCCACAUUCAGGUCUGACGGUUAAACCACACACUGAGCCAUGGCUUCGCUGCUUGGCAAUGUGAGCGUUCCUGAGAUCACGUCGGCCCCGGUGAUGAUGACUGACUGGUCAUUCAACCUGACGACCGGACCGGUGUCAGGUCGAUCUCUGGCUCCCCUCUGCACCGUCUGCAGCUGUGGUUUUGUCAACCGUACCCUGGCGGUGGUUUUCAUGAUCAGCCUGGCGUUUGCCAUCGUGGUCGGAAACGUGAUCACACUUACCGUGAUGGUGCAAACGCGGCAGUCGAGAUCACCGCAGGGAUAUCUGAAAGUGUCGUUGGCCAUGGCCGACAUGAUGGUUGGUGUCCUGGUGGUUCCUUUCAGCGUCUACACUGAGAUAUUUCUCAUGGUGAUGAGCACUCCUCCACUUUGGUACCAGGGCAGUUCCAUCAGUGGAACAGACAAUCCCUGGCAGCCCUGCAUGCUGAUUGGCCCCGUCUUUGCUGGAUGCACUUUUGUUUCCAUCAGCACUAUUUUCCUCAUGACCUUGGAGCGGAGCAUUGCCAUACUGUGGCCACUCCACAAGGACACCGUGGUCACCCAUAAAAGGACGCUGUUCUUUGUCCUCAUCUCGUGGGUAGUGAGCUUCCUCCUGGCUCUGGCUCCUCUCAUCUUCAGCAGUAACUUCAUUCUGGAGUACAAUGAGUGCAGCCGCAUGUGCAACUACACGCCGCUUUUGCAUGGAAAGCAGCUGCGGUCUGACGCCUACAUUUUGCUUUUAUUCCCAGCGUUUGACUUCACACUCCUGGGCGCAACAUUUGCAGUGAAUGUCUUGUCUUUCACUACUAUUCGCCGGUACUCCAGAAAACGUAAACUGCUCUCAGAAGGGAGCCUAAACGAGGGGGGCGGUGGAGGAGGGAAGGGAUGCCAGCAGAGGCCCUCCUUCUCAGAUAUUAAAGCUGCCAAGACCAUCGGCAUCCUCACAUUUGCCUUCACAGCAUCCUUCUCUCCCAUUGCAGUGUUUGUGCUGGGGAAUGUAGUGGGCUAUACCUGGUGUAAUUUUUCCUUUUUUGCCUUCUGGAUGCUGACAGGAAACAGUUGCUGUAAUGUUAUCAUUUACAGUGUCAGGGACCAGCGCUUUAGGAAAGGCGUGAUGCUCCUCCUUCACAGAGAACAAUCUCACCCAAACAGUGAAAAGCCCUAGGAAACACAAAUCAGUUCAUUGACUUGCACAGUUAACCACCUGUGGAUUGGCUCAGCUUCACAGGGCUAUUUUCAAUUUUUUUUUCUGGGGACCCAAGUGAAUAGACAUUAUUCGUAAACUCCUGGGAAACAUGAUGCAAGACAACCCCAAAAAAAAUCUCUUGCGUCCCACCUGAGGGUCGCGACCCAGUCUUUGGGAAACAAUGAUUGAAACAUAUAUUACAUUAUGACAGUGAACGAGCAGGAGAGGAGUUCAUUGAUUUACUGAACUACAGCACUGUGGCCAUAUCUUCUUGUUCAGGUUUUAAUUCAAAAACGGGAAAGUGAACAAAGAAAAGUGAUCAUACGCAAUAAGUAUCUUAAAUCCCUUUUAGAGGUUAAGCACAACACAACAUAUUGUUGUAAGAUACACACAAUUACAGUGGGGCCUCGAGAUCCGAGCUACCCGGAAUAGGAGCUUUCCAAGUUAUGAGGAAGCAACUUUUGCAAGAUUUUCCUCCUGAUACAAGGAAACAUCGAGUUACAAGUCCUCAACCGAGCUCCAGUUUUUCAAUUGACUGACGGUCAAUUAAUUAAUAAUUAAU